ACUGGGCUCGCGAGGGGGCGCUGGGCGGGCCGUGGAGGAAGGCGAGUGUCCGGGGCUCGGCGGCUGCGUGCGGCCCGGGCGGGGCUCCCGGCUUCUGAGUCCGGCUGGCGGCGGGACCGUGCGGACUGAGGCCCAGGCGGCGGCUGUGCCCGGCCUGUGUGUCCGGGGCACCAUGAACGCCAUCGUCGCCCUCUGCCACUUCUGUGAGCUCCACGGCCCCCGCACUCUGUUUUGCACGGAGGUUCUGCACGCCCCUCUCCCCACGGGGGCUGGGGACAGCCCCGGCCAGGGCGAGCAGGCCGAGGAGGAGGAGGGCGGCAUCCAGAUGAGCAGCGGGCUCGGCACACACAGCCCAGCGGACGGGGCGGGCACAGAGUCCAGCAGCCCGGGGCCCAAGAAGUCGGACAUGUGCGAGGGCUGCCGGUCCCUUGCUGUGGGGCAUCCCGGGUACCUGAGCCAUGAUAAAGAGACUUCGAUUAAAUACGUCAGCCAUCAGCACCCGAGCCACCCCCAGCUCUUCAGCAUCGUCCGCCAGGCCUGCGUGCGCAGCCUGAGCUGUGAGGUCUGCCCCGGCCGGGAAGGCCCCAUCUUCUUCGGGGACGAGCAGCACGGGUUUGUGUUCAGCCACACCUUCUUCAUCAAAGACAGCCUGGCCCGCGGCUUCCAGCGCUGGUACAGCAUCAUCACCAUCAUGAUGGACCGCAUCUACCUCAUCAACUCCUGGCCCUUCCUGCUCGGCAAGAUCCGCGGCAUCAUCGCCGAGCUCCAGGGCAAGGCGCUCAAGGUGUUUGAGGCAGAGCAGUUCGGGUGCCCACAGCGUGCUCAGAGGAUGAACACGGCCUUCACCCCGUUCCUGCACCAGAGGAACGGCAACGCCGCCCGCUCGCUCACCUCCUUGACCAGCGAUGACAACCUGUGGGCGUGCCUGCACACCUCCUUCGCGUGGCUUCUGAAGGCGUGCGGCAGCCGGCUGACGGAGAAGCUCCUGGAGGGCGCACCCACCGAGGACACGCUGGUCCAGAUGGAGAAGCUGGCGGAUUUAGAAGAGGAAUCCGAAGGCUGGGACAACUCCGAGGCUGAGGAGAAAGCCUCUGUCCUGCCAGAGGGCGCGGAGAGGCGGGAGCUGAGCAAGUGCCCCACAGGCUCCUCCUCGCUCUCAGACUGUGAGAGCUGGCAGCCCCGGAAGCUGUCCGUCUUCAAGUCCCUUCGGCACAUGAGGCAGGUCCUGGGUGCCUCCUCUUUUCGCAUGUUGGCCUGGCACGUUCUCAUGGGGAACCAGGUGAUCUGGAAAAGCGGGGAUGCACACCUCGUCCUGUCCGCGUUUGAAGUCCUCCGGACCAUGCUGCCCGUGGGCUGUGUGCGCAUCAUCCCGUACAGCAGCCAGUACGAGGAGGCCUACCGCUGCAACUUCCUGGGGCUCAGCCCCCGCGUGCAGGUCCCCGCCCACGUGCUCUCCUCAGAAUUCGCUGUCGUAGUGGAGGUCCACACAGCCGUUCCCUCCAGCCUCCCCCUGGCCGGGUGCGAGGACGACCAGUCUCUCAGCAAAUACGAGUUUGUGGUGACCAGCGGGAGUCCUGUGGCUGCAGACCGAGUGGGCCCGACCAUUCUGAAUAAGAUGGAAGCUGCUCUGACCAACCAGAAUCUGUCUGUGGACGUGGUUGACCAGUGCCUCAUCUGCCUCAAAGAAGAGUGGAUGAACAAAGUGAAGGUCCUUUUCAAAUUCACCAAGGUGGACAGUCGGCCCAAAGAGGACACGCAGAAGCUCCUGAGUAUCCUCGGAGCGUCCGAGGAGGACAACGUCAAACUGCUCAAGUUCUGGAUGACAGGCCUGAGCAAAACCUACAAGUCCCAUCUCAUGUCCACGGUCCGGAGCCCCCCGGCCACGGAGCCACGUAAUUGACCCACCGUGGAAGUCUGUCUGCGAUGCCCGCUGGGAAGUGGUGAUGGCCACCCUUGCCAUCGCACUCAGAGAGUGGGUGUCUGGUGGCCAUCAUAGGCUGUCCCAUCCUGCACUGCUGGCCCGGAGCUGUGUUCUCGCUGGGAAUGUGACUGUUGGGGCUGGCCUGUGCCUGUGUGCGGGGUUUGGGUGUGGUGAGUUCUUGGGAUCACCCCACCAGCUGUUUCCAUUGCUCCGGCCUGAAGAGGACGUGGAGACUUGUGACAAGGACAGGCCCUGUGUCAGAGCCCCUGUGAGAGAGAAGACUAAGGAAGCCGUGUCUCCUUUCUCCUGGACUUAGAUCUCAGCUUCUACAGGAAGACAUGUCAGCCAGUCCUGACCUGGGUAUUUUAGCCACAACAUCAUGCUUUCCCUUGGGGCUAACAUUCAAUACUUUGCUCUGUAAUUCAGCAGGAGUUGUCCAGGGAUUAAACGCACACAUGUACUACCGGUCAUUUUUAGAAGCCUGGUUUUGGUUAGGGCUCUGGGACAGGCUUUCAGGGUAGAGAGGAGGUGUUCCUCAUCGUUGGAAUAUGGGAAUGCAUGUUCUGAAAUCAUGUGACCACCAAGUCUUCUGGCUGUGCUGUCCUAAUGUUGCUUUGAAAUUACCCAUAGUUUGAGGUCAAGCCCCUGAUCUUUGUUGCACAAAGAUGACAUUUUGCCGAAAUGUUCAGUGCAGCCAUUUGGCCCAGCUCACUGUGUAUGAUCCAUGUUACUUUGUUUCUAUUGCUUCUUUACACAUUCACAUUUGGCUCAGUUAACCUUCAGAGCAUGGAGACUUAAGAUCAUUUCAUCCUCUCUGUGCAUUUUUUAUAAGGGUUCAUGGUUUGAGGGAUUUUCCAGCAGUUUUGCUGAUUUGUUUAGUUUUUUGUUUGUUUAUAUGUAACAUGAAGACUAAGUCUAUGACUAGGUGUUUGUAUUAUGUAAGAACAUUGAAACAAUAAAUAUAUAUUUUUAUAA